AUGAUAGGGAAUCGAACAUUGUCAUUCAAAGGUGAAAAAUCUACAUUUGGAAAAGUUCGAUCUAUACACAAUACAACACAUAGUUACACCGUCCAAUUCAUUACUUCAUUAUCUGGUCAACCAAUUGGCAACUGUUACUUAUGUUUGAAAGAAAAGAAUGGUCAUAUGUCCAAUAACAUUAAAAAAGAUUUGUUCCGAGCAUCUAAUGUAACUGUCACUUGCAGCCAAUCGGGAAAGUUGACAUCCUCUCUUGUUGAAUAUUGGAUUCGCAACGUUUUAAAACCGGCAGUUGGUAAUGGAAAAAGCAUUAUUAUUAUUGGAUGUUUGGGGUGGUCAAACGGAUCGAAAAUUAUACUCGAAAAUGAAACAUCUUCGACUGGAAAUUAUCCCAAAGAAGACAAAUUCGAUGAUUCAGCUAUUGGAUAUUACAUUUAA